AUGUCGUCAACAACUUUCACCAAAGAACGCCACAUAAAAUACUUUCUCCGGUGUCUCAAAACCCAGCUUCCAUACCAAUACACCAGCAGCGACGGAGGCCGCAUACUCCUCGGUUUCUUCAUCAUCGCCGGGCUCGACUUAUUGGGUGCCCUGCAACAUGUAACAACCCCCGAGGAACGCCAACAAUACAUAAACUGGGUUUAUCACUGCCAACACCCCCAGGGUGGCUUUCGGGGAUUCACAGGCACAAAAUUUGGCGACGCAAACCACACCGCCGACAACAAGGCAUGGGAUCCAGCGAAUGUGCCUGCUACGUUCUUGGCUCUUCAGACCUUGCUGAUGCUGGGGGAUGAUUUAUCCAGAGUCAAGAGGCGGGAGUGUUUGCAGUGGUUGCCCAAAUUGCAGCGAAACGAUGGCAGUUUUGGGGAUUUACUGGGUGUUGGUGAGAAGAUUAGUGGCGGGGACGAUUUGAGGUUUUGCUAUUGUGCGGCUGGAAUUAGGUAUCUUCUACGUGGGCCACAUGGGACGGGUGUGAAGGAUAUCAGGGAUAUCGAUGUUGUGAAGUUGGUUGCUUAUAUCCAGUCUUGUCAGUCAUACGAUGGGGGACUGGGAGAGACUCCAUUCCGAGAAGCUCAUGCUGGCUUAACCUACUGCGCAAUGGGGGCCCUCACUUUACUCCAUAGAACGGGUUCUAUAGACCAGCCAGAAAUUCUCUCGCCACAAAGCGAACGAUUCCAGUCUUUGCUCGGGUGGCUAGUUUCGAGGCAGACGACUGAUCUGGAAGAAGAGGAGGAGGACGACGAAGCAGAUGCUAAAGAAAACCCAGCACCAACAGCACAGCCAACACAGAACGAAACAAAAGCGAUCGAUUUGAGUGAACAGAUUGAGAAGCUACAAGACUUUAUGCCACUUGAUGAAGCGUCGCUGAAAUGUGCGGGCUUCAAUGGUCGUUUGAACAAACUCGCAGACACUUGUUACUGCUUCUGGGUGACCGGGACAUUGGGUAUAAUGGACAAGAUACCACUCAUCGAUGUCUCUGACGUGCGACACUAUCUGCUCGACAAAACACAGCAUAUCGUUGGAGGGUUCGGCAAAUCAGUGGGAGAAGCUCCGGAUCUUUACCAUGCGUAUCUGGGCCUGAUUAGCCUGGCGUUGAUCAAUGAGCCGGGCCUUGAAGCGGCUGAUCCGGCGUUGUGCACGGGGGUCAGCUUGAUAGAGAAUCUGAAGAAGCUGCCGUGGUGGAAGGCGGCUUAG